UUUGUAUUUUCAGCGCCUAUAUGCAAUACAGUAUAGCUGUAUAGUACCGUAAUAUCGCUACGUAAAUUUUAAGAAAUAUUAGGUUUACGCCGAUACUCAGGAUUUCAGUACAGAAGUAUUCGUUAAUUUAAUCGGAAAUACGGCAAUAUGACAGAAGUUAAUAACACACCAGAAGACGAUAAGGUUGAAAAGCAGAAAAAGCACGAUGCAGAAAGUGCAGCUGACUUGGAGAAAGUCACUGAUUUUGCUGAAGAGAAAGAGAUCUCUGGAACAGAUUUAACAAGUUUACUUGCUAAUCUCGGGACAGAAAGGCAAAAAAAGAAAAUUUUACAACUGGAAAGAGAAAAAGAGUUGGCGAAAGUUCCAAUAAAGAAAGAAGACGUUGAACUUAUCAUAAAUGAACUUGAAGUCACGAAACAAAAUGCUGAACGAACUUUGAGAGAAAAUGGUGGAAAUUUGGUUGCCGCACUCACUGCUCUAGUGAAAGCUUAAAUAUACACAUUCGUAAAAAUUUUGCAGCCUGUUUGAAAAUAUUCAUCUUGAUCAAUAUUUCCUUGUAGAGUCAAUAAUACCUAAUUUCAUAUUAAAAUAGAAGUGUUAUUGAAAGCUCAUCACUUAAUUAACUGAAUAAUUGCAUCCCCUAAAACACUACGUUCCAGUAUAAACCCCAAAUUUCCAGGAUAUGUCUCACGAUUAACAUAAUAACAGCCUUGAUAUUUAUUUUUAUUCGGUUCCAAAUAAUAAUUUUUUUCUAGUUACAAUUAUUCUUCAAACAAAACUGCUUGGUAAUAUGAAGUCCUGUAAACCUUUUUCUUCUCUAUGAAAUAGAUCAUUGUUUGUGUUCACAGAAAAACAAAUUUUGUCUGUUGCCUAGCUAAAUGUCUGUAGUUGGUUAUAUGACCCACCAACUGACAGAAAAUAUUGUACGCCCCUGAACUUGAUCAUUUAUUUCCAAUUCAUAACACAUUUGAAAACUCGAUGAAAACAUAUCGGAUUCUUUUUUUUAAAUACUAUCAGAAUUGAUUCGAUAUUUUUGAUGCUUUUCCAAUCAUAUGUUUUUUUUGUAAAUUCAAAAUGUUGAUAUAACGUGAUGUUGAUACAAUCGGUUCAAAUCUGGGUAUACAAUAAACUAUUUCGAAAAGUUA